AUGAUGAAUGCUAUGGUCAUUCUUGCAGAGUUCUUCGUGGUCAUCUUGAAAGUGCUCUGGGCUUUUGUUACCGCCGGGUCGAAAUGGGUGGUGCGGCCGAAGGAGAAGAGUGUAGCGGGACAGGUGUGUGUUAUCACCGGGGCUGGUAGCGGUCUGGGGCGGCUGUUCGCUAAGGAGUUCGCUCGGAGACGGGCAGUAUUGGUGCUGUGGGACAUCAACAGCAAAAGCAACGAGGAGACGGCGGAGUUGGUACGGGAAAUUUACCGGGAGCUGGACAGUGAAACCCCGAUGUCCAAAGAUGGUGAGUUCGUUGCCUGAAAAUAUCUGUCAUCCGAUCCUUGCAGCGCUGAUUUUUCUCCUGUAGGCUACUGUAUAGAGCUCGUCAGCUUGAUAAAAUCGUGUCUGGUCAGGGUCACCCUAGAUGACAUUGUUUAUUCUAUUGAUCGCAACACUGUACUUACAAGAUUGUAUCUUGUUUAAACAUGAAUGUUUUUAAGCCAACUAUUUACGGUCGACUUUAUAAUAGCACAUUGCUGCAGCCUAUUAGAUCGGUUGCUGGGCAACAUAAUUCUGCGGAGAACUUAACUUGGAUCAGUAGCCUGCUCUGGCUCUAAGGUCCAACAGCUCCCUGCUAAAGUCCAUCGUUAUCUCUCUCUCUCUCUGUGUGUGUGGGUCUAUGCGGUACUAGUGUAAAGGACGUCACGGUGCUUGCUUAGCGAGUACCACUUCCUCCUGAUUCGGCUCAGACAGAAGCACGCUCGAACCCAACACCGCCGCCUUGCUAACGCGUUACCGCCCUCCUGAAGCGCCUUACCAGUCCGGCGCCACGCGAAAAGUUAGCUAGUCACUGGCGCAAGUGGGGACACUUCAGGCUGAGUAAGUUUCACACAUCCCCAAUGGGCCUACACGGGUAUCCUGACAUUGCCUAAGGGGAGAAAAUGUAUAGGGUCAUAUUUUAGCCUUAAAGUUAUUUUUCGUUGGCUUGAUUUGAAAUGUUUUAUUACUUUGCUCUGAUUUCAACUGCUUUGACUGUCUGUCUGCACUCCAGAGCUGCUCUGCUCCCAUGCUGUGGUGUGGUCCAUUCUCACUCUCCCUCUCCCCUCCCUCUCUCCAGGAGCAGUUGGAGGACCAGAAGAGGUUCUUCCCUUCCAGCCGCAGGUGUACACGUAUGUGUGUGACGUGGGCAAGCGGGAGAGUGUGUACUCCACGGCGGAGAAGGUGCGUCGGGAGGUGGGAAACGUGGACAUGUUGAUAAACAACGCCGGCGUAGUCUCCGGUCACCAUCUCCUGGAGUGUCCUGACGAGCUGAUCGAACGCACCAUGCUGGUCAACUGCCACGCACACUUCUGGGUGAGUCCUCCACACCUACUGUACUGUCAUCCCUGUCUCCUGUUCCCGACACCUACUGUACUGUCAUCCCUGUCCCCCUUACCUACUGUACUGUCAUCCCUGACCCCAUCCUACUGUACUGUCAUCCCUGUCUCCCAUACCUACUGUACUGUCAUCCCUCUCUCCUGUCCUCCAUACCUACUGUACUGUCAUCCCUGUCUCUCAUACCUACUGUACUGUCAUCCCUCUCUCCUGUCCUCCAUACCUACUGUACUGUCAUCCCUGUCCCCCAUACCUACUGUACUGUCAUCCCUGUCCCCCAUACCUACUGGACUGUCAUCCCUGUCCCCCAUACCUGCUGUACUGUCUUCCAUGUCCCCAUACCUGCUGUACUGUCAUCCCUGUCCCCAUACCUGCUGUACUGUCAUCCCUGUCCCACAUACCUACUGUACUGUCAUCCCUGUCCCCAUACCUACUGGACUGUCAUCCCUGUCCCCCAUACCUGCUGUACUGUCUUCCAUGUCCCCAUACCUACUGUACUGUCAUCCCUGUCCCCAUACCUGCUGUACUGUCAUCCCUGUCCCACAUACCUAUUGUACUGUCAUCCCUGUCCCACAUACCUACUGUAUUGUCAUCCCUGUCCCCCAUACCUACUGUACUGUCAUCCCUGUCCCCCAUACCUACUGUACUGUCUUCCCUGUCCCCAUACCUACUGUACUGUCAUCCCUGUCCCCCAUACCUACUGUACUGUCAUCCCUGUCCCCAUACCUACUGUACUGUCAUCCCUGUCCCCCAUACCUACUGUACUGUCAUCCCUGUCCCCAUACCUACUGUACUGUCAUCCCUGUCCCCCAUACCUACUAUACUGUCAUCCCUGUCCCCCAUACCUACUGUACUGUCAUCCCUGUCCCCCCAUACCUACUAUACUGUCAUCCCUGUCCCCAUACCUACUGUACUGUCAUCCCUGUCCCCAUACCUACUGUACUGUCAUCCCUGUCCCCCAUACCUACUAUAUUGUCAUCCCUGUCCCCCAUACCUACUAUACUGUCAUCCCUGUCCCCAUACCUACUGUACUGUCAUCCCUGUCCCCCAUACCUACUAUAUUGUCAUCCCUGUCCCCCAUACCUACUAUAUUGUCAUCCCUGUCCCCAUACCUACUAUACUGUCAUCCCUGUCCCCCAUACCUACUAUACUGUCAUCCCUGUCCCCCAUACCUACUGUACUGUCAUCCCUGUCCCCCAUACCUACUGUACUGUCAUCCCUGUCCCCAUACCUACUGUACUGUCAUCCCUGUCCCCAUACCUACUGUACUGUCAUCCCUGUCCCCAUACCUACUGGACUGUCAUCCCUGUCCCCAUACCUACUGGACUGUCAUCCCUGUCCCCAAUACCUACUCUGAUCUGAAUCACCUUUAUUCCCCAAGUACAUUUACAUGAACCAUGAAUUUGACCUGUUGAAAUGGUGCUGUUCAUAAUGAACAGAAUAUGCAAGCAGAAUGUACAGACAUGGAAUUUACACAUAUUCCACAUUCAGUAUGUACAGUCCCCUGUCCCCUGUCCCCAGUCCCCUGUCCCCUGUCCCCUGUCCCCUGUUCCCAGUCCCCAGUCCCCAGUCCCCAGUCCCCAGUCCCCAGUCCCCAGUCCCCUGUCCCCUGUCCCCUGUCCCCUGUCCCCUGUCCCCUGUUCCCAGUCCCCUGUCCCCAGUCCCCUGUCCCCUGUCCCCUGUCCCCUGUUCCCAGUCCCCUGUCCCCAGUCCCCAGUCCCCUGUCCCCUGUCCCCUUUCCCUGUUCCCAGUCCCCUGUCCCCAGUCCCCUGUCCCCAGUCCCCUGUCCCCUGUCCCU